GUCAACCCUGUAUAGGAACCCUGAAUCCUGAAUACGUUUCAGAAUCAACAGGGUUGUUGGAACUGUAUAAUGAUCUAGAAGAUAAACCGAAAAAUAAAACAAGAAAAAGAUGUCCCAAGUCAAUAGUGUCAAUACUGUCAAUCUGUCAUUAACGAUUUGUGGUUAAAAAUAUGUUUGAAAUUUUUGAAUUUUUUUUAAGAUAGGACAUUAUUUUUCACUUAUAAAAAGCGGUUUUACUACCACCAUUUACAUUCUGGAAAAAAAAGGGUUUUAACAUAUUGUGCUUGAAACCAACAUGAGUGGAAAACAUUUCCAGUGGGAAUCUCACCAUGAUACUAUAUUGAAAAUUAUCCAUUCCUACUGUGUCAAAGAAGAAAAGACUGACGUUACCAUCAACUUCGAAGACGGCAAAAUAAAAGCCCAUAAAAUUAUACUAUCUGCAUGCAGCGCCAAGCUAGAAAAUAUUUUUAAAGAGGAGGGUAAUAUUCAAGUGUGUUUUUACGAUAUAUCCAAGUCAUGUAUGAACUACCUUAUUGAGUUUAUGUACAAGGGACAGGUGGUAGUUCCAUCAGAUGCCUUAGAUGAUGUUCUUCGAGCAGCAGAACAUUUACAGAUUAAGGGAUUGCAAAGAAUCACUGACUCUCCAAUUGAACAAAAUCAAAGUCAAACUCAAUUAUCUGACGUGCUGGUCUCUUCAGAUCAUUUACAGACAGGACACAAUGAAUCCAUUUCUAACAGUAGAUAUUAUGGUAUGCCAUCGUCACCAGUGAGAAAAGACAGGCCUCUACGUAAAAGGCCUUCCAAGGAAAAUUCUUUAUCUAAUUGUGGAAAUGAUAAUAAGUCUAAAAAUUUGCCAAGGAGGAAUCGAAACUCAAACGAUGUACUCACAAGUCCAGUUACCUCGAAUGUAAAUAUUUCACCAUUUCGAAAAAUGGAAUCAUUUUCAAGCAAUCUUAAAAAAGAGAGCCCUUCUUCAAGUUUUUCCAUGUCAGAAAAGCAAGCGGAAUCGUCAAGAAAGACAAAACUUAUCCAGAAUGGUGAAAACUCCGAGUCAGGAUCUAAACGUAUCAGAUUGGGUGGGAAAACAAGAAAGGAAAAAAGUCCAAAUAAAGUUAUCAACCCUUUUGCAAGAAAAUCUACUCUCACUGAAUCAUCCCACAGCUCAAGUACAUGUUUUGAAGAUGCCAUAUCGGAUACAGAAACCGUUAAACUGAAACAUAAGAAAAGUCAGAGUGAAAGCGAAGUAGAAUGUUUUCUUGUCGAAAACCAACCAAUCGUACUUUUGGACUCGUUAGUAGAAUCUUCUUGUGCUCAACGCCAGGAUUUGGACGAAUCCUCCGAGCUGAUAUGUUCGCCCACCAAACAGAGUGGAGGAAAUCCCUCUACCUCGAGAAGGGUUACCACACCUGUUAAAGAAUUCAGCAGCACCGAUGAAGAUGACACGUUGCCUUUGAAAAAAAAAACUGCUACAAAAAGGGUCACCUCAUCUCCGAAGAAAAAAACUGAUACGAAAAAGGGCGAAGAAACAAAUUUCAAAAUAAUAAAAAAUCCACCUCCCGAUAAACCCCAAAAACCCAAGAAAGUGGAGGAAUACACCAAUGAUUUGUUGACUAAACAGCUCAAUCAUUUGCACGAAUUUUGCACGGUGUGCUUCAAAUAUUUCAAAGACAUAAGAGAACAUCAUAAGAUGUUUCACAAAAAGAUUAUUAGAAAGAAGCAAAGUUGCAAAGAUUGUGGGAAAUCGUUUUACCACACAAAAUUCUUCGGAUUUCAUAAGUGUGUCGAUCGGGAAAAAGAUUAAUCCUAGGUCCAGUUGGAUUUACGAAUGUGGAGCAACUUGGAUCCUUUCAGUCCUAUUCAGGGUUAGACCAGAGUGUCUUUGAAAUCUAAUUUCUUCAGUUGGACUCCUGGUUAACACAAUUGUGACGUUAACAUGCUAUAAAUAAUAUGUGAACGUCACACUUUAGGUUGAUUUGCAGAGUUCUUAUUAUUAUAGAAA